AUGGCCGCGUCAGAGCCCGUCCAGUUCUUCGACAUUGUCUCCACCCUCCCAGGCGCGCAGAAGUCAUGGUCCCCCAAUACACUGAAGGUCCGCUCGGUCCUUAACUUCAAGGGCAUUCCCUACACACAGAGUUGGAUCUCGUACCCCGAUAUCGCACCACUGAUCAAGAGUCUCGAGCUCAGCCCCAACGAGACGGGGACUCCUUACACCUUACCUGCGAUCAUCCACAAGUCCUCCGUGACAUCUAACUCACACGGUGCGAUGAUGGACUCGUUCCCAAUCGUCCUGCACCUAGACAAGGUGUUCCCCUCACGCCCGCUCUUCCCGAAUGGCGACGCCAGCUACGCGCUGUACUUGGCCGUGGGCAAGAUCGCAGGUGGAAUAUGGCCGGCAGUUCGCGCCCUGAUUAUCCCAAAGGUGGCAGACUCUUUGGACCCGCGGGGCAAGGAGUAUUUCGUCGAGACACGAUCGAAAUCUUUUGGGAAGCCGCUGUCAGAGGUGCUACCAACUGAUCAGGAAACCAUUGAGAGUUUGUGGGCGCAGAUGGAGACCGAAACUGCUCCACUGAUCACGAUGCUGAAGGGCCGGGAGGGCAAGAAGGGGCCUUUCUUUGAGGGCGAGACUCCUGCCUACGUGGACUUGUUUUUGGCUUGUAUUUUUGCUUUCUUCCAGCGGAUUUGCCCCGAGUCCUUUAAGAGGCUGAUGGCGUUUGGUAAUGGUGAAUUCAAAGCGCUGUGGGACGCUUGCGAGCCUUGGAUGGACGGUCAAGGCGAUGAGAAGGAGUGGCCUGUUCCUCAGGCUGCGUCUUAA